AUGUCUAACAUCUGCCUUAAGUGCAACCGAGCGGUCUAUGCGGCCGAGGAGAUGCUGGCUGGGGGUCUCAAGUGGCACAAGAUCUGCUUCAAGUGCAACCUGUGCAACAAGCGCCUGGAUUCAGUCAACGUGAACGCCCACGACCAGGCUCUGUACUGCAAGCAAUGCUACGCCCGUAAGUUUGGACCCAAGGGCUAUGGUUUCGGUGGCGGUGCCGGUGCGCUGGGUAUGGAUAUCGGCGAGCACCUUGGUAAUAGGUCGUGCGAGAUGGAUAAUAAGCCUCGCGGGGUCAACGCUUAA